AUGGCGGCGCCCAGCAAGGCGGGGGAGCGGCGGCCAUUCGGGAGGCGGCUCCUCACCGACCCCGCCCGGCUUUUCCAGCACAACGCCUGGGAUAAUGUGGAAUGGUCAGAAGAGCAGGAAGCCAGUGCCAGGAGUAAAGUUCAAGAGAACAGCUCACAGCUAUUGCCACAAGAUAAACAAGAGGAAUAUGAGGUGAAUGCUAAGAAAUACUGGGAUGACUUCUAUAAAAUCCAUGAAAAUGGCUUCUUCAAGGACAGGCACUGGCUGUUCACUGAAUUUCCUGAGCUGGCACCUAACAGGAACUCAAGCCAAAAUGGAGAUUCUGUGCAUGGAUUUAGUGACACAGAAGAAUCCAAAAAUGAAGGGCUGGGAAGCUGUGAAAAUGGCCAUUGCUCAUUGGAAACCAGGACAGAGAGUCAGUUAAACCUGAUAAAAAGCCUGCCUGGAGGCCACACAGAGGAGUUGGCUGCACAGAAAGACAGUGAGCUGAGUCAGAGUGAUGGGCAUUACCCAGGAUCAGCUGCAUCUUACCGUGUAUUAGAGGUUGGCUGUGGGGCUGGGAAUACAGUCUUCCCAAUUUUACAAACCAACAACGACCCUGGCCUGUUUGUUUAUUGCUGUGAUUUUUCUACAACAGCUGUGAAUCUCGUCCAGAACAAUGCAGAAUAUGAUUCUUCUCGCUGCUUUGCAUUUGUCCAUGACCUGUGCAAUGACCAAAGUCCUUUCCCAAUGCCAGAGGAGAGUCUUGACAUUGUUAUUCUUAUCUUUGUCCUCUCAGCAAUUCUCCCAGAGAAAAUGCAGUGCAUUGUGACCAGACUGAGUCGCCUUCUGAAACCAGGGGGAAUGAUCUUGUUACGAGAUUAUGGCCGUUAUGAUCUCGCCCAACUUCGGUUUAAGAAAGGUCAGUGUCUGUCUGAUAACUUCUAUGUGAGAGGUGAUGGCACCAGAGUCUACUUCUUCACACAAGAUGAAUUAGAUCAUCUGUUCACCACAGCUGGGCUGGAAAAAAUCCAGAAUCUGGUUGAUCGGCGAUUGCAAGUGAACCGUGGGAAACAGAUGACGAUGUAUCGGGUGUGGAUCCAGUGCAAGUACUGCAAACCCACCACCCUUCAGCCAUGAGGCAUGUGGACUUUGGACUGGAGCCUCUUCAUCUCCUCCUGGUGACCUGUGUGUGAUGCAGUUCUGCACACCCAGGACCUCAGUGCCUUGUACCAUGCCUGGCAUCACUUAAAGUGAGUUUUGCUAAGGACGAAUGCCCUGAGAGUACAGCAAGCAUUUUAGAUGUCAUAGAAUCACAGAAUAUACUGGGUUGGGAAGGACCCAUGAAGAUCAAGUCCAACUCCUGGCCCUGCACGGGACACCCCAACAAUUCCACCCCAUGCCUGAGAGCGUUGUCCAAACACUCCUUGAGUUCUGGAAGCCUUGGGGCCAUGACCCAUUCUCUGAGGAACCUGCUCAGUGCCCGUUGUGGGAAGAACCCUUUCCUGAUAUCCAGCCUAACCCUCCCUGGACACAGCUCCAGCCAUUUUCUUGAGUCCUAUCCCUGGUCAGGAGAGUGAAGAGAUUGGUUCCUGCCCCUCUGCUGUCCCUCAGGAGGAUGUUGAAGAUCCCAGUGAGGUCUGACCUCAGUCUCCUCUUUUCCAGCUGAACAGACCAAGUCCUCAUAUGGCUUCCCCUCAAGGCCCUUCACCAUUCUCAUGACCAUUCUCUGGAUGGUCUCUAGUGGCUUAAUAUUUUUUUUAUAUUGUGGUGCCCAAAACUGCCCACAGCACUUGAGGUGGGGCUGCCCCAAAGCAGAGCAGGACAAUCCCCUGCCUGACCAGGAAUGCUUUACCUAAUGUCCCGGGACACAGAUGUCCUUCCUGGCUGCCAGGGCACUGUUGACUCAUGUUCAACUUGCCGUGGACCAGGACUCCUGAGUCCUUUCUUGCAACUGCUCUCAGCCUCAUUCCCCAGUCCACCCACACAUCCAGGCUUGCCCCUUCCCAUGUGCAGAAUCCAGCAACUUUCCCUUGUUGAACUUCCCACAAUUGGUGAUUGCCCAUAUCUCUGAUUUGUCAAGGUUUCUCUGGAGGCCCUCUCUCUCCCUGAAAGACUUGACAGCUCCUUCCAGUUCAGUGCAGACAGCAAACUUCCUUAGUAUUGCUUCAAGUUCUGCAUCCAGGUCAUUAAUGUGGAUGUUGAAGAGUACAGGCUUGAGAAGGAAGCCCUUUAAAUGUCAUGCUACUGGUCUGAGUUUUAAAAAUUAUUUAUGCCUUUAUCUAAGAGAUGGUGUCUUACAGCAGCUGAGCAAGUUGAGUAGUGACUUGCUCAUAGUCUGGAUUUCCACAUGAAACAGGAGAGCUCUGACCUUAUCUCUGUCUUGUGUACUCUUGUCUUGGCAACAAACAUACAAAGGAUAAACCUGCUCUUCUCUGCAACUGCUCACUGAUAGGAAUCCCUUGGCCAGCUUAUCUUAUGCAGCUGUUUCCUAGUCACUCCGGUGUGUGCCAAUCCAGGAGUUAAAAUACAUUGAUCUGAGGGCAGGAACUGAGACUAUGUGAGUCUCUCUAUACCAGCUUUCCCUGGAUGAUUCAAGGUGUGGAGAUAACCUGUGGAGAAAGGAAAUGAUGCUGCUCUGCCCUCACUGUCCACAAGGAUGUCCUCCCAGGGAACCUCUAAACAAUAGCUCAGGUGCUAUCAAUUCCUCUCAGGCAGUGUUCAGGUUUUCAAAAGUUUGGUGCUGAUGCUGAUUUUAGGGCACCUUCAGAGUGCAGCAGAUCAGAAGCAGCUAACAGGACCAGGGUUUAUAAAUAAUUACCUGCUUUUCCUAGUGGCUGCAGCUCCCAGGUCACAAAGUACCCUGCCAUGGUGAUGUGCUAAACCAAAACACAUGAGACACUUUCUUUGAUCUGAAAUCUGCAGGAGGUUUAAUUUUUGCACUCUUGUUUAAUUUCUUAAGAUGAAGCCAACACUGUGGCUUUCAGAAGGUAUUUUUCUGUCUUUGUCAGCAAAUACCUCUUAGCUUGUUUUCUUCUGUUAUUUUUAGGGUGUGGUACAACAGGUAUUAGAAUAAGUUUUGUGCUUUUCAGUGGUGGAUUGAUUAAUGUAAAUCAUUGGAAAAAAUAUAGCAAUGGAGAACAAAGCGACACAGACCCCCUUAUGCAUCCAAAAGAGAUUGCUUUAUUGUACAAAUCACCCCUUUUUUUACCUUUAAUCUCCACCUGACAGAACUGAAACCAAACCAAGGCCCAACAGAACUUAACAGAAGAAGGGCACCCAUUGGCUGGCUCAGCUGCAGUGCUGCUGUCCAUAUGUCCUGUCACCCAAUCAGCUUCCUGCUCAUACACUGUCCCUGCGUUUCUCCAGCCAAUCACAACCUCGCUUCCAGCUGUCACUCAGCUGACUCUCUCCUCACUCAUAACUGCCUCUCAGCCCUCAGCCACUUCCAACCAUCCAGCCUGCAGCUGUGCCUUUCCCACAGGGCCUUCUGGCUGUAACACCCGCCAAGUCACCCUCCUUCAUGGCGGCUUCCCUGCAUUUCUGCCAACGCUGGACUACUGCGUCGCCAUUUUGGGCAGGGAGGGAGCCCACCACCCACCUGCGGCAUGGGAACUCUGCACUGAGGGGAUCAGCUAUGCAAGGAUUUCCAUCAGGGUAAGGCAAUUCCGUGGGGCUUAGGUUAAUCUCGGAGUAAGGCAAUUCUGUAGAGUAUGGGUUAAUCUCAGGGUCAUAUAUGGGGUCUGAUGGCGCUGAAGGUUCGAGGAAAUGAACUUCUGCAGCUGCGUAAUUGGCUGCCAUUCACGCAAUUUACUUCAAUGGCCACCAUGAUUGUCCCCCAUGUGGCCAGGCGCUCACAAUCUUCAGCAGAGCCAUCUUUGGUGGUAUCAAAAAGUCUCUGCCCCAUCACUUGCCAGUCUGACCGAAGGUACCCAUUAAAGGGAAAAUCUUUAACAUGACUAGACACCCAGUCCAGCAGGGUGCUCAAUUUUGCAUCAGCCAUAUUAAUAGAUUGCUGACAUAGGAAUCACCAUACCUGGUCCAAGCUCCUGCUUUGCUCCAGAGGUAUUCCACCUCCCAUAUUCUUUCCACGGGUAUACUCACCUACGCUAGGUGAGGGGCGCACACUUUUGUUUCUUGAGUUCUUUCCCAAACUCUCCCAGAUCUUUUUCCCCAGAUCCCUUCCCAGACUCUUCCCCAGCCGGCCCAUCCCUUGAGCCAGUGGGAGUUGCUACCAGAGAGAUAACACACCCUGCACCACUUUAAAGGUCCCGAUUCGGGCCAGCCAUUCUGUAGCAAUGGAGAACAAAGUGACACAGACCCCCUUAUGCAUCCAAAAGAGGUUGCUUUAUUGUACAAAUCACCCCUUUUUUAUACCUUUAAUUUCCACCUGACAGAACUGAAACCAAACCAAGGCCCAACAGAACUUAACAGAAGAAGGGCACCCAUUGGCUGGCUCAGCUGCAGUGCUGCUGUCCAUACGUCCUGUCACCCAAUCAGCUUCCUGCUCAUACACUGUCCCUGCGUUCCUCCAGCCAAUCACAACCUCGCUUCCAGCUGUCACUCAGCUGACUCUCUCCUCACUCAUAACUGCCUCUCAGCCCUCAGCCACUUCCAACCAUCCAGCCUGCAGCUGUGCCUUUCCCACAGGGCCUUCUGGUGACUUCUUACCUAUUGAGAUGAGCCUCGUUAGGAAGGUUGGAAUGCAUUUGCAGACAUUCACAAAGAGGCUGAAUAUACUUAGAAAAAUGUGUGUGCAGUAACUCCAGCUUUACAAAAGCUGAUUCAGCCUUGGAGCGAGGGGGUGCAACACCCGCAGCGCUUUGGGUCCUGCCCCUGCCGCCUGCAAUGAGCCGAAUGAACUGCAUUGGAAUUGCUCCACUCCAGCCAGAACAAGCCCUCUCUAUUAAUUUUGGGGCCUGUUUUCCCGACUGUGGUGGCAGUUUGGCCUUAGAAAGGCGAGAGUGGGCUGUGUAGCUUGGGGGUUGCUGAGGCACCCGGGUUGUGUCUCACAGAUGAUAUACAUGUUGGAUCAGCCCUGAA